UAAAAAGUACCGGCACCCAAAAUGGGUGCAGGCACCUAUUUCAGUCCAAGUCAAGAACUGUAGAUAGGAGUUAACACAGAAAGUACCUAUUAUUAAUGUCCUCGCGAUGGUGUGCCACUGAUAUAUGUGUAUAUAAACAUCACAGUGGUGUGCAGUACUGCUAGCUACAUUAUUGCUGUGACUCAUGUGCAAGAUCCAAACCAGUAGAAAACUGACUGGUUGGCCAGCUCAUAUAAUCGUUGCCUAGGAGUUUCUGUGACAAGGGAUAAUGUCCCACCACUGAAGAUGGGAGGCAGUGGAUCCAAGGUGAAAGGUGCUUGGCCAUUUGCUGGUUCGGGAGCUGGAGGGGAUUCGGGCAGUGAGGGGCAAGAAGAUCACUCUGUUGCCCGGCUCAAAGGGACCAGAAAAGCAACCCCAUUUAUUUUCACAAGGAGGAGCUCUCUCUACUAUGAUGAGGAUGGGGACCUGGCUCAUGAGUUCUAUGAAGAGACUGUAGUGACAAAAAAUGGCCGGAAGAGGUCCAAGCUGAAGAGGAUUCAGAAGAACCUCAUACCUCAGGGAAUUGUUAAGCUAAACCACCCCCGGAUCCAUGUAGAUUUCCCUGUCAUCCUCUUUGAGGUGUGAAUCCCACUGGGGGGGGUGGUCUAACGCAGAAAAGACACAUCACUACAACCGCUCCAUCCUGAAUGCUAGUGUUCCUCUGAGAGAAUGGGUGGGAUGUCUGACUACACUCAGAAGCUGUCGACAGACCACCAGAGUUAUGUUGCGGACAAAAAGAAAGGGGAGGAGGAGUAGAUAGAGUUAAACGUUCUGCCUUCUGUGAUGUAGAGAAGUGUGUGUGUGUGAAAGAAAGGUAGCAAGAUCAGGGGAAGGUUUAGGAAUUCCCACUGUACUGUAUAUGUUGACCAUUUUCAUGUUGUAAUGUUAUCAUAUCUAAGUCUGCCUCUAUGAUUGGAGGCCAGACCUGCACUAGUCAACUUUUUUUAAUGUAAAAAAAAAUAAAAUACAAAAGCUGUCUGAGUUGGAAAUACUUGAAUAAAUGGUUUACCAGGCUGAAAGACUGUA